GAAAUAAACAGCAAUUGAUAUUUCUCUUUCUUACCUGUGUGUACUCCCAGGUAGUAAAUAUAACUUCCGUUUCAGUCACAGCAACUGGAAAUAGUUUAUUUGAAAAAAAGAAAACUUUAAGAAGCCGGAUUAACUGGCUAAGCAAAAGACUAAGACAGUGAUCUGAAAUGCCACCCGUAUUUGAGGGAUACUGGGGAAAGGAAACAUCAACGCUUGAUUGGUGCGAGGAAAACUAUGUAGUUAGUUAUUACAUUGCUGAGUUUUGUAAGUUGUUUAAUUUAGUAAAGAAAGUUUAACCUAACUUAAACUUAUAGUACAUAGAUAGGCCUAACUUAAAGUCUACUAUUUUAAAAUUUGACCUCUGACUGAAGUUACUGAUGCCUUUCGUUACAAAAAAAAGUGAUUAUGUUAAAAAAAUAAAUUCAUUAAGAGCUUAGGCUUAGUCACAACCAAGUUAUUAGUAUUAUAAUUAUACUCAAUAGUAAUAAAGCCCACAAAAAGGGGGGGGGGGGGGGGGUGUUAAAUGUGUUGGACAGCAUCAGUUAACACUUAACACCAUCCAAGGUGGGUGACACUCUCCAAGUAGGGAGGAUGACAUCAGAUUGAAAAUUUGACUGAGCUUCCUCAACAAGUUGCCGGUUGGUUUCAUAAAAGAUAUAACAAUAUAAAAGUUAAAUAAAAGAGCAGGAUCCCACCAGAACAGUUAACAAAUUAAAAUUAAAACAGCAGUUGUUAGAGUUGUUGACACCCUGGAGCUGGUCAUUAUUUAGUUUAGUAUAAGUUCUGUAUUAGUAGCAUUCCCUCUAGAAAAACAUAAAACUUAACAAUAUUAACCUAUUCAAUGACAUCACUAUGGGAUGCAAUGGGUGGGGGCUGUAUAUUAUGAGUUGACAACAUCACUGGGGGCGGACACUAAAUGAAAAACUGCAAAUUUAUUAAUUUAUAAUUUCACUAUUAAGUCUUAGCCUAAUUUAUUAAAUUAUAUUUUAAUUGCAUGUGAAUAUGAUGGCAAAUGAAUUGUUUGAGUUUUCAGGUGCAUUUCUUUUUAAUUACUAAUUUUUGGAAUACUGUUUGAAUGAAAUCAAAAUAUUUUUUCACACCCACACAGGGAAUACUAUUUCCAAUGCUGUGAUGAUAUUUGCACCACUUGUCAUGGUCUUCUUUGGAUACAUGGAAAAGCAUGAAAAGCGUUUUAUUUAUAGCUUUUUGGCUUUGACGGGUAAGUCUAGCAAUAAGUAGUAGAGAGGUCUUGAUCUUAUCCAUUAUUUCCCGUUUUAAUUUUUUAUAUGAUUCCAAAAAGCAAAAGGCUGUGAAUGUGAAGAAAAUAUCUAAUAUCUUAAUGAAAUACUAUUGUUACAAGAAAACGCAUUAAAAUAAGACAAAGGAUAAUUAUUAUGCCUAUCAAAUAAAAUUAUAACAUUCAUCAUAAUAAGCAAAAAAAAAAAAAGAUCAUAUCAUAAAUGUAAUUGCUUAUUGGUAAUAUAAUAAAAAUUUAAAUUUCAAAAAGAAAAAAAAAAAAGCAUAAACUUUAAUUUGGGACACAGAUGUUUCUUCAUUUUCAUUGUUAUCAUGUUCUACAUUUUAAUCAUAAUAUUAUCUAGCUUUAAAGCAAGUCUGUGUAAUCAAGCGAAGUAAUACCAUUUGUCUUUUUAUUGUUUUGAUUUUUACAGUUGUUGGGUUUGGUUCUUGGUUGUUUCAUAUGACACUAAAGUACAGCAUGCAGGUAAUAAUAAUAAAGGCUUCAAAGAUGGUGUUGAGCAGAGCACAAUGUGCCAUUAUGCAAUACCGAUAUAAAAGUAAUAACAAUUCAAAUAUGACCUUGUGUUUAUAAAAAAAAAUUUUGGGCCAGUUUUCUGGAACAAUUUCUUUUUGCUCUUCCUCUCAAUCAUGUCAUUGAUGUAUCAUUUUUGAGUUUGAGAGAAACUAACUAAUCCAAGUGUCAAAUGCUUUCCUGGUAGAAGUUCAAUAUCAGUCCACUUUUGAGUCUUGACCUACCUUUAGUUCAUUUUAAUAAUUGAUUAUUACUGGACCUUUUAUUAUUACUGGUACUUUAUUGUACAUUGAAAUUUAUCGAUCUCUCUGUAUUCUAGCAAAAUUAUAUUUUAUUGUUAAAAAAUGAAUACAGUAUUAAAUUAGUUUAUUUCUUUCACUUUCAGCUGAUGGAUGAGCUUCCAAUGAUAUGGGGUACAAGCUUCUUGAUUUAUUCCUUGUAAGAGUUUUAUUUUUAUUGUUGGGUUAAUAAAUUACAGAAAGGGUUGUUGACCCUUGUCAAAAUUCAAUCAUUCAUGAAAUCAUUGCAUAGCGGUUUUGUGCUUUAACCAUUCUGCCACCAUAAACCUUAUCCUGGGGCCAGUAGCAGAAGUUAAAUUAUAAGUAUUUGGCCUGUGGAAACAAAACUUUUUAAAGAUAAUCAUCAAUAUUUUCUAGUGAUAAUAGCUAUUUUAUCCUAGAUUACCUGCUGUGAAAUCUUAGCAUAUCAUGCAAUAUUUUUUUCUCUGAAUAGUGCCCCUUGACAUUCAUUAACAUGUGCAAUAAUUAUUUUCUGUUGGUAUAUCUAUCUCUGAAUAUUAUUUAUUAAAAAAUAACUUACUAAUAUUUGAUGUGUUUUACACUGAUAAUUGUACGGAGUGAGCUAAUGAUGUAAAAUACACAUUUAUAAAAUCUUUAAGUUAAAUUAAAGGAUACUGUUAUUUGAAAGUUACUUUAAUAGGAUUGAGUUAUAUAAUUUAAAAAAACAGUCUCAUUUUAUGAAAUUAACUUCAGUGUGCUCGAUACAGCUAUAUUUUUUCCCUUCUUUUUUUUUAAUGCUUUUGUUAAGUGGGCUGAUGGAUAUGUAGCACUGGGUGUACUUGAAACAUUAAUGAAAAGUUUGCUCUUUCAGGUACAUGAUGGAUAGCAAGCCUAAUGAGGAGAGCCCUCUGCUGCAGCUUAUUUUGAUUGUCUACUGUAUAAUAGUUACUCUUGUAAGUAUAACUGUAAAACUUCUUAACAUUAAUGCUGUAUUAAUGGCCACGUCCAAAGUUGAAUUGCUAUAAAUGUUCCAUCCCCAUCUUAAAAGUAUGUUAAAAAAACAUAGUAACCCACUGGACAUACAUACAGUACGUAUCUGUUUUUCAACAUCACGAUCAUAAUUCUUCUUUUAUUGAUAUACUUUGAGAAAUAUCAAUUCAAAAAAUGUAGUGAGUUUAUAAGAAGAGGUUAGUGACAUGAAUUAAAAAAAACACUUACUGUGCUUUAAAAAAUUAAAGAAAUUUAAAUUUAUAUAUGGCUGAGACUAUUUGCACCAGGUACCAGAGGUGAGAGGUUGGGAUUAAAAAAACUAUUUAAAUAUUAUUGUUUGGUUUGUAAGACAAAAUGGACCCGGACAUGCAGUGCCGCCAUACGGACCCGGGUCCAUUUUGACUAAAUGCUAUUCGGAUGUCAUUUGUGGUAGUUUAUUUUAGUUAAACUGAAGAAUUAAGUUUACAAACCAAUAGUCCAUUCAAUUAGCUUUCAUUUGAUACCACAUUUUGUCUUAAAAACCCAACAAUAAUAUUUUAAAUAGUUUUUUAAUCCCAACCUCUCACUUCUGGUACCCGGGUGCGAAUUUCCACUUCGUUUAUAUAAAGUGAAACUUUUGUGUCUCUGUCCUAGGUGUACAUCUUGAUCAACAUUCCUAUCAUUCAUCAAGUUUCCUACGGCCUUAUGGUAUUUUGUAUAGUUGUCCUUGCCAGUAAAAUGGUUCUGUAAGUACUUUUGUAACAUCUUAACAAUUUAGUAAAAUAAAUUGGACACUUUUAAAGUGAAAACAAACAUAUUUUUCCUGUCCAACCUUUACUUUUAUUUUGAAUAGUUUGCCAGGCCGGGGGCCAACAACCUGCAGAAAUGAUUAUGCAAGUUUUUUUUGUCAUUGGUUACUGUCUAUAUCAAAGAAUAAUCACUUUUGACAACUGCUUAUGCCAGGAUACAAUUUGAACAUGGUGUUGAAGGUUUACUAUUUUUAUGUCAUAUUAAAAAUGGAUCUCAAAAGAUAUUGACUGCUGUUUAGGCUCAUGUUAUUUGAAGUUGUAUCAUCAAGCUCCACAGGUUACAAGCCUAUUAUUGUUUUAUUCAACACUACAGCAAAUCUUAAACCAGUGACCAAAAGUAGAUAAGGGUUUUAAAAGUAAUGUUCACCAUUUGACAGUGCUAUAAAUAACCCUUCUUGUCGUUUGCAUUUACAGCACGAUGAAAUGUGAUAAAAAAUUGUACAUGAUAGGCGUCUUGACUUAUGCGCUAGGAUUUCUCUUGUGGAAUGUGGACAACAUGCUUUGCUCUCAUUUAAGGCAAGUUUUGGUAGCAUUCCCUGAGAAAAGCAUUCAUGCAUAUCAUUUUUUAAACUAAAAAUCAAGGGCUUGAAAUCUUGACUUAUAAUGUGUAACUGUAACAUUGGAAGGUUAAAGGUCAGGAACUUUUGAUCCCAAAUUUAAAUGGUAACUAAGAAAAUUCUAUAGUUGAUGAAUAAAAUUUGUAGAAGACCUGAUGACCAAUCUGGAGAACCACAAGCAGACUGACGUGCUGGUAAUGGACUUCGCAAAAGCAUUUGACCGUGUGAAUCAUAGUUUGCUUCUACACAAACUCCAGAGAUAUGGGAUUCAAGGCACCACUAAAACAUGGAUCUCUAGCUUCCUCAGCCACCGACGCCAAGCAGUAGUGGUGGGCGGUACAAGCUCCUCCUUUGUCGAUGUGAAGUCAGGGGUCCCCCAGGGAUCAGUCCUGGGCCCCUGUUUGUUCCUAGCAUACAUUAAUGACUUACCGGAGAAACUGACAUCACAGGCAAGACUGUUUGCAGAUGACACAGCAGUGUAUAGGACGAUCGCCAACAGAUCUGACCAGGACCAGCUACAACAGGAUCUCAAUCUGUUAGCUGAGUGGGAGAUGAGCUGGGACAUGGAAUUUCACCCUGCCAAGUGCCAGACACUAUCAAUCUCUAGAAGUUGUACUCCUCUACACUACCAAUACAAACUGCACGGCCAUAUUCUUGAGCAAGUUUCCUCCGUAAAGUACCUGGGUGUUACCAUUCAAAGAGAGGUCCGCUGGGACGAGCAUAUUAACAAUGUAUGUAACCAAGCAAACCAAGCCUUGGGGUUCUUAAGGCGAAAUCUAAAGAUUGGCAACUCCUGUGUGAAAGAAAGAGCAUAUAAAGCCUUUAUCCGUCCGAUUUUAGAUUAUGCAUCUUCAGUCUGGGACCCAUUUACCCAGAAGAGCAUUGACAGGUUGGAGGCGGUCCAGCGACGAGCAGCACGCUUUGUCCUAAACCGCUACAGGAAUACCUCUAGUGUUGGCAGCAUGCUAGAAACACUAGGCUGGUCACCAUUGGAGAAACGACGACGACAAUCCAGGCUCUCCAUGAUGUACAAGAUAAAUAAUGGGCUGGUCCACUGUUCCAGUAUUAAACAGAAACUCGUCCCUCUCCCCCAUAGACAGCGACGAGGCCAUGACAGGCAAUUCAGGCUCCUACCAGCAAGAAGCCAGUAUAGGAGCUGCUCAUUCCUGCCCAAGACAAUCAGGGACUGGAACAAUCUUUCAAAAGGAACGGUUGAGGCGACAACACUAGACACAUUUGUGUCUAUUGCCUCCAGCCUUCAAACCCCUAGUGCAUGAUUUCCUCAUCAACACCAGUAACAGAAACAUUGCAAAUCCCAUCUACAUGCAUAGGAGCCAAAAUGAUCAAUAAAUUGAUCGUGGGCCCUUAAGAUAUAGAAGAAGAAGAAGAAUGGCUCUGUAACAGCAAUGAUUGACGCCAACUCGUCUGUGUUCGGUAUAACGACUGAUCUUUAUUCUAUAUUCUGAACUCUUUUUAUACGGUACUUCACAUUCAUGAUCGCUCAUUCCAUUUUCCACACCUUUAAGUUUAAAACAUUCAUGAAUAAAAAAAACUCACCACGUCCAGUCAUACCACAUAAUAACAACACAGGCCAAUCAGGUCACAAAGUUCACUCAUUACUCACAAUAAUAAUCGUCAGUCAUGCAUAUCACCACAAGCUCUGGUUACAUGACAUCACUAUAAUCAAAAUGAUAAAUAAUUUUUAUGCAACUAAAUCCAUAUUGCGCAACAUACACAAAACAUACCAAUUUACUGAUAUGAACCGUCUUAUCCAGAAGUAUAAGAGAACACCCUGUAGGGCAAUUCUCAGGAAUGUUGUUUGAGUGUCAUGCCUGGUGGCACAUAUUUGCAGGGAUGGGAACAUACAUUGCCUUGCUAUUUGGGUAAGUUCUGAGGAUAAAUCUAUUAUGUAGAAAAACUUUUCUUUGUACUUUCAUUUUAUUGUUUUGAUUAAGCUUCCAUCUUUUAAGAACACCAAAAUGUUUACGUCUGUUUUUUUCCAAUAUUAAUUAAUAAAUCAUUUUAAAAUUGUGCAUGUCAUGGCUGUGAAGCUGGAGGAAUUUUUUGUAUUAGGCAGUUUUGUAGAAUAUCAAAGUCUUAGUUUGAAAAUGUUACAAUUUCAUGAUGACUGGCUAAAAAAAAAUCCGCCUUUGCUUUUAUCUUCUGAAUUAAUAGUUUUGUUGGAGUGGAUUUAGUUUAAUCCCAUUUGAUAAAAUAAAAUAACUGUUUAUAUGAUUUUUUUUUUCAGAGUUCACACCCGCUAUGUUUUCUUAAAGAGAAAACCACACAUCAAGGUAUGUUUUUUUGGUAUAUGAUGGUGGAUAUUUACACAAGAGAAAUACUUAAGAUGUCUUGUGUUAAUUUUUUUUAAAUUUUAAAAUGUUGACUUGUUGAAAAGAAGUAUUUUUUUUAUGUGCUGAAAAUGAAUAUGUAUAAUUCUAAAAACAUUUCCAACUUUUUAUUUGGAUCAAUAAAAGAGUAUUAUCUUAUCCACUUGUUAUUGUACCAUUGUAGCUAAUGAAAUUAAUUCAAUUUCUAUCUUAUUAUUCAUAUUCUUAUCAAUUUGCAAUCUGAAACAUAUUUUUAAAACUUUACAUAAUGUCAAAGAAAAAAACUCAUACUAGUACAUGUAAUAGUAAACACUAUGUUCCUAACCAAGAAAGAGCAGACACAAACCCAUACUGGUACAUGUAAAAGUAAACAAUAAGUUCCUAACCACUAAAGAACAUAUGUAAACUUCACAAAGUGGUUCAGAACCUAUGACGGUAUAAGAAGCUUUUUAAUAAAUGUUGAUUGUGCUGUCACAAGCAAAGCACUAAUGACUUAGGUCAAAGAAGUCUCUUCAUUCAUUGUAUGCCUCAGUCAUUUUUAAUAGCAUUUGUGAAAGUUUUUUAAAAUUUUGGAGCAAUCAAAUUAAAAGGCUGUGGGCAGCACACACCAGGGCUGCCACUCACUUUUCAAAAAAAUUCCCAAGAUCUUGGGAAAAUUCACAAGGUGUGGUAACCCUGGCAUACACAUGAGAAAUCCAAUGUUUUGUUUUUUGUUUCUAAUCCUGUUUUUUUUUUUUGGUUGAAUUUUUUUCCAGUUCCUCAUGGGAUGCUGGCCUUACGUCUCCAUUAUAGAAGAUGGCCCCAAGACUAAAUAACUCAGCAUUAAUGUUUCAUCAAGAAUUUUUUUCCAUUCAUUGUGCGGAUACGAUAGGGGGGCCUGAUGAUUUAUAUAUAUUUUUUUAUAUCAGCUUUUGCUGCUCGUUAAAUUGUUUGUAGAUUAAAUGACAUACCGAUCAUUUGAACUUUAUUACCGGUGGCACUGAAAGAAAUGUAAACAGUAAUGAAGAAAAAAAAUAAGGCUAUGUAACAAAGUGAACGUUGGCCUUGUAGUGAAUGCUGGCAGAGGCAGAUCUUAAGAACAUGUGGACAGGAGGAUAAAUAAAAAUAGUUUGCUAAGUUUUAAAGUUUUAAAAAAUAAUGUUAAUGACUCCAAUAUUUCGUUGCAAUAUUUGGAGGGAUGUGCAUUAUUUGUAGCCUCCCUCAGUCCAGGUUUCAAUGAAAUAGCUAGAUCUUUGUUUGAUGACUUUAGUUGAAAAGUGGUACGUGGGACCAUUUCUACACCAGCAUAUUAAAGAGAGCAACGGCAACAUGAAAGCACACUCCUUAAAUUAAUUAUAAGCCAUUAAGAAUAAAAAAAUAAAAUAAUUUGCUUGUUUUAAUUAUAUUUGUGUGUUUUAAAUGCUCCAUUUGUUUAGGCGAUAAAAUUCACUAUUUUCAUAGAUAUAUAUUAUUUACUUUGUUUAUAAUCCAAUAUAUUAAAAAGGAAAUACUACUACUGAUUAUAUGCUUAAUGUGUUUCCUUAUGUUUGAUGUCAGCUAAAGUUUCUAUAUUUAAACAAUGCUGUUAAUUGUUUAAAUGGAAUUAAAUUGUUCUUAAGCCUAGAUUCCUGUUAUUAAGCUUAGAUAUGGAUUCCAGUGUGUUGAUCUUAUUAUUCAGUUGCCUAACACGUCUUUAAUGUUGAUGAGAUGACUGUGUGAUGAGAUAUGCAUUCCAGUGCUUUAAGUUUGCCUAACACGUCUUUAACGUUGAUGAGCUGACUGUGUCUGUUUGAUUUUUACACGGUUAUUUAUCUGAAAUAAGAGUUAAAUAAUUCACACAAUUCUUUGUGUCCUUGUGAUUAUGAUAUACAAAUAUUCCAGCCUGGUGUUUUUUUGCUAAAUAUAUUUUGAUAUCCAAUUCUAUCUUUCUUUUUGCUUGAAACCAUUUCCAACACGUAGCCUUUUUUUUGUGUAUUUUUGCCAAUCUGUGCCAUUAUAUGCUAAACUUUUAGUUAAUUUUUUGUUAAUGUAAUGCCCUAGUUUGCACAACAUGUGAACUAUGUUUUGGUGUAACAAACCUGUGGAAUUCAAUAGAUUGAAAUGAGCAAAAACUCUACUUAUAGUGUAACAAGUGAGAAUGUUUGACAUCUGUUUAGCAUUUCAAUCUUUUACUGAAAUGAUUAUCUGCCAUUUAAUUUACAAAUGUGUGCUUAUUUUAUAAUAUAUUUACUUUACCAACGCAGCAAUUUAUAUUACGGUAUUCCGUACAUUACUGUUGUAAUUUGUCUCUUUUGUCUGAAUGAGUUUAGUCUCUUCUUAAACAUUUCCAGAGCUUUUAAGUUAACAACUAUUGCAUGGAAUUUGGAAGAAUUAUUUAUUUUGUUUACAUUAUAAUUAAUUUAAUAUCAAAAUGUACACAAGACAUGGACAUACACUUAGGAAAAUGUUUGGCACAUUUGUUUUAAUAUUCUCAAGUUUGUAGCCAAAUAUUGUCGGUUUAAUUGCACCACACAGAAUUUUAUUAUGGCAGGUUCAGUUGUUCUAAUUAGACUAAUGUAAUUUUUCAAAAAGUUUGAUUGUCCAGGUAUUUUCAAUGAGAAUUUACCUCUUGUCAAGAUUAGCUGCCAAACUUGACCAUAGCUGGAAAAAACCCAAAACAAAUUCCAACCCAGAAGCAGAAAACCACUCUUUAAAUAUUUGAAAAAGAAAUUUUUUUACUCAUUCAAGCGGAGUUAAAGCCAGUGACUCUGGGGUGUCAUCAUUACAAUAUUAGUCCAUAGUUUUUUCUAAAAUUUUAGAGUCAAUAUUUUUAUUCUUAUCACAAUUUUGGACGUUGUUUGUGUUCAAAGUAUUGUUAUUAUUUACUUAAAAUACUUUCUUGGUAAUUGUACCAUUUUUUUUUUCGUUAGCCCUUUUUUACAUGAAAUGGAAAAAGUUUAAUAAAUAUAUCUACUCCCCUUUCAAGCAAAAUAUGAGUAAAAGAAAACUUGAAUAAAUAAUUAAUAGAGGCAUUUUUGUUGACAACUUAAAGAAAACAUGCAUGAAUAUUUGAUACAUCUGACUAGCUAGGGACAGAAUAGAGAUAUUUAAAAGAUAUUUGACUCACUGCCAGGAUUUAGUUGACUUAAUUAAAAUCUAUAUCAUCCAUGCUUCUUUUGAAUGAGUUUCAAAAUCUUUCCUAGAAAAAAAUCUAACAUUUUCCAAUAACCAGACAAGAUUACAUUUUUUUCUUGAUGGGCUCUCCCAAUCUGAAAGAACUAUUUGAAAUUUUGGCUAAAAUCCAAGUCAUUAAUUAUAUAUGCUAGAAAGUUGCUCUUUUUCAAUGAAUUUAAGGAGCCACAUUUUGUUUCUAUUUGAAAACACACAAUUUUUUAAAUUAACAAGUUGUGGUGUAAGUAGUUCUUAUAUCAAGCAGCGGUUCUCAGUGUAAGUAGUUGUUCAUGUGUCAAGCAGUGGUUCUCAGUGUAAGUAGUUGUUAUGUCAAGCAGUGGUUCUCAGUGUAAGUAGUUGUUCUUAUGUCAAGCAGUGGUUCUCAGUGUAAGUAGUUGUUAUUAUGUCAAGCAGUGGUUCUCAGUGUAAAAAGUUCUUAUGUCAAGCAGUGGUUCUCAGUGGAGGUAAAAUAUUUGUGUCUCACAUCAGCGUAAUUUGGACUUUGUCCAUCCAAUGUAUUUUUAUUUCCACCUUCCACCACUGUCUGUUUUGGUAAAAACUCAAACUCUGAACCCUGACUCAACUCAAGACACUGAACUCAGACAGGGAACUCGGACUCUAAUGAAUAGCUAUGUGCUGCCAGAAAGCUCACGGUUUCUUCCAUUAACAUGGUCUGUUUCAAGCAUGUGCUACAUGUUCAAAUCAUGCCAGUCCCUAGGUGCUGGAGAUAUAUAUAUUAUGUAUUCAUCUUUAUUUAAUAAUGAAAAACGUUACAUUUUUGCUUGUUUGAAUAAUUUUCUUUGAACUGGCUCAAGAAUCUGUGGUAUUUGUUUUCCAUUUCUGUGUUAAAUCUUGUAGGCAUUUCUUGCCAAAAAUAACCAAAAUGUGAAAUCCUGCUCAG